AGAGAAAACAGUUCAAGCCAGGCAAGCAGACGGCAUUUUCAGUUUGAGAUUGAUGUCCCCUUCCUUGCUGCUCUCCAGGGAGGAGGAUGAGGGAAGAAAUAGGUCUUGGGAUUUCCAUCGUUCCGUCUUUCUCCAGUACAGCUGUACUCAUUGCGCAAGGGAGCAAAUGUGAAAGGCGGUUUAGGAAGUGAUGGCUUUUUAAAGCUUUUAUAUCACAUUGAUAGCUUUUAAACCUGUGCUAUUCCUUUGAAUAAGUAAGAGAAGUUGUUGUGCCUGCCUGCAGUGCACAGGAGAGUGCACAUACUUUUUCAAUUUUUCUUCUCACGAAUUACAACCGUAACCCAAACCCGUUCAGGCUUCUCACGAAAAACUUUUGAUUCUUAAACUCUCCUGUUUUUUUACGGUCUGCUCCAACCAUCUCUCUCUUCCUUCCUGUACCUGCCCUGCUCGGCCUAUCCAUUGUAGCUCUUCACCCUGAUCUCCCCGCUCUUUCCGCCUCUGUCCGCCUGCCUGCCCCCCUGUGGUGAUGGAGUUUCCACGGCACAGUCAGCAGCUCCUGGCCAGCCUCCGCGCCCAGCGCCUCCAGGGCUUCCUGUGCGACUGUACCGUCCAGGUCGGGUCCACCCGCUUCCUGGCCCACCGCGCCGUCCUGGCCUCCUGUUCGCCCUUCUUCCACAUGUUCUACUCGGAGCAGCCGCUGGGGAAGCGGGAGAUGGUCACCAUUAACGGGGACAUCGUCACCCCGCUGGCCUUCGGGCUGCUCCUGGACUUCAUGUACGAGGGCACGCUGAGGCUGGCCGCCCAGCCCCCGCCCGAGGACGUGCUGGCGGCGGCGAGCUUCCUGCACAUGAACGACAUCGUGAGGGUGUGCAAGAAGAGGCUGCAGGGCCGGGGCCUGGCCGAGGCGGACAGCACCAAGGCGGAGGAGGGCUGCGUGACGGUGGGGCCGGCCUUUGGUGGGCUGGCCAGGAGGCCUCGGGAGGAGGAAGGGGGGGGUAGGGUUGAGAAAUCGUCGGACGCUGCAAAAUCUGUACCGGUGUCGACGGCCCAGUACUCUCACGUUAGCCAGUUCGUACGUGUCAGGACUGAGAAGAAAGCGUUAGGAACAGAGGAACCGCCUCAUCCUAGCCCCAAUGACCCAGACAAAUUAAGUGGCCCUUCAAGUCCAGAUGUUGCAGAUACAACUCAGCCAGGCAUGGAUUCUCUUCCCAUGGGAGAUCUGGGUGUAUCCAGGGUUGGGUCUCAGCCUGGCUCGGCUUGUGCAGGACUGCUGUCCAGGCCUGGAAGCCAAGGGGAGUCUGCCCUGGCCAGCCCUUGCAGCUCCACUGAACUGUACUCCAGCAGUCAUCCCUCUUCAUCCUCCUCACUGCAUCCACAUUCAUUCCCAAACUCUGAAGCACAAACCAACGUCACCACCGAUCUCACGGUCACCGUGGUAAAUGACGGCAGUGGUGUCGGCAUGGAGCCGGCUGUUGUGUUGGCGUCAGAUGAAGAUUCACCAGUACUGGAGCAGAGGACUGUUCUGCCAGCCCAGGACACACCACCGGUCCCAUGUCCCAACUCCCCGCCGACACCGCGUCCAUCAACGCCCUUCUCCCUGGCUGCCCUCCACUCUGAGGUCCAGCUUGCGAGGGAGGGGCGCGACGGGGGCGGAGAUCGAGCGGGAAAGCGCCUGAGAGCGGACGCAGAGCCUCACGUUUUGAUGGAGGAGUUCAGAGGAGGGAGACAAGGCGAGGAUGAGGAGGACGGGGUGAAGGUGAAGGUGGAGGCCAUCGUCAUUUCUGACGAGGAGCUGGACGACAUGGAGGGAAUGUUUGUUGAAAGGAGAGGCGCCGAGGGAGAGAAAGGGGACGAGUUUGACGACGAUCACCAGGACGGUGACUUGAGCAAUCAUCACUUCCUACCCCAGCAUCCCCUCCUACACCUCUCCCAUCACCACGAGGGUCUGGCCUUCCCCCUCUCCCCCCAGGGCCCAAACGCCUCAGACUCCUCGUCGUUCCCCGGCACCCUCUUCUCGUCUGCGCGCAACCCCUCCCAGUCGUCCGAUCCUCAGGCGCUGUACUUCCAGGACUUUGGGGACUCCCUGGGCACCUACGUGGAGGACGUGCCCACCUGCGCCACGUGCGGAAAGACCUUCUCCUGCGCCUACACCCUGAGGCGCCACGCCAUCGUGCACACGCGCGAGCGCCCAUACGAGUGCCGCUACUGCUACCGCAGCUACACCCAGUCCGGGGACCUUUACCGCCACAUCCGCAAAGCCCACGACCACAGCCUGCCUGCCAAGCGCAGCCGCGUGGACGGGGAGCCGCAGCCCCUGCUACCCCAACAGCUCCCCCCACAGUUAUCUCCGCAGCUGCCCCCUCAACUGCCCCCACAGCCGCCCCAACAGCCACCCCCACAGGCAUAGGAGAAGAGUUCCGAGGGGCAGCGAAGUGUCUAGGAUAGGCGGGGAAGCUUGACUUGAAAUGUGGUCAUGUGUAAAAGCAACAAAGCAUUCACCUUAGGUACUAAAAUAUGUUUUAUCUUUGCAAACUAAAUUUGUUUCUGUUGUAAAGUGCAUUUCAGUGCUGCUUUGGGACAGGUAUUGGGACUUUAGUCACAAGGAUGAUGUUGGUAACACUACAGAAUGUGACUAAUCUUGAGAGCUGAGGUAUAUUUCACAAAAAAUGCAACAUGCAAGCUAACUAUGAGUAAUGUUUGCCGGUGCAAUUAUUUUGUCUUUGCUUUACUUGAAUGUCAAUUUCAUUCUAUGAACGCAUCUAGCAUGCAUAGAGCUGACAAAAAAUUUAUUGAAUCCCCCCCCCCCAAACUGACCAUUAUAAAGCAAUGUAAUUAUCAGCAACAACAAUUGGAAAGGAUAACUGCAUAUUCGUUCAUUACAUGGCAUAAUGAGUUCUGGCAUAAUUGGAAAAAGUAAAUUAAUUUAUUAGAGAAUUUAGGGUAGUAAUAAGGAGAAACGUUAAUGCACUUGGAUAGAAUGGUUUAAAGUGCCACUGAAACACUGUGAUACUGACAAAGAAACCUUUUUUUAAUCUAAGGGCCGACUUGCAAGUAUCACAAUGUUGAGAAGCCCAUUCUAGAUUUGUUGUCAAGGAUAAACUUAGGACUUCUAUUCCUGUGCCAUAAUUACUCCACUAUGCAUUAAAUUACUGAUGAAUUACACCUAUAGAAAAAGAAAGGGAAAUAAAAUGCUUUUACUACAAGCCAUUUUAUUUUAUUAUCCCUACAAACACCACAAAGUUGCAAAGGGAAGGUAGAUUUGCAAUAAUUUGAGAAUUUGUUACAAAUUUGUAAAUUCUCGUUUGCAAAAAUGUUUUACCAUGCGAAUAGUCACAUACUUUCAUGAAACAAGCCCCAGGUUGGACUAAUGUACGGUCACAUCAUUUUCAGACAUUUUGAAUAUUUCUGUCAUUUGCUUUUGUACAUGAGUAUAACUGUGUAAAAGUUUGGAAUUCGGAAGAUUUAAUGGAACCUGAACAGGUGUGAUGUUACUUUGCUGUGAAAACAGGUGUGUAUAGUACUUAUCUUACAUGUUUAUACUGAUUUUUCUAUUUUGGUUUUCAUCAAUGAAAAUACAGUAAGUAUGAAAAGUA